AUGGGGAAGAAUAAAAAGAGGGCGUCAAAGGGGAAUUCUGUCGAAAAAAAACCUGGCGAGCAUGAAGUCGCUGGGCCGGAGCUAUUAGAGCCCGCAAAGACAGUACCAGAUCUAGAGCCGCAAGCGAUGAUAGAGGCAGCCCAGCCUCUACCGCCUACACAGUUGGAAAAAUCUGAGAAUUAUGGUGGUGCUCCUAGCUCCAGUGCAAAUGCCCCAAUGGACCACGAUGAGGAACCGAAAUAUGGUAGCGAAGACGCCAAUGAGGAGAUCUUGAGACUAAAAAAAGAAAUUGAAGAGCUGAAGGGCUACUCAGAGUCUGAAGAUCAAGCAAAGGUAGGUAAUCGAGAAUUGGGUGCUAAGCUGGCUAAAGUUCAAGAAGAACGAGACCAUUUCGAACAUCAGUACGACUCUUUGCUGAACAGAUUAUCAUCCAUGAAGUCAGUUUUCAGCAAAAUGCGGGAGUCACAGGAGGAGCUAGAGUCGUGCCAGGAACAAUUGAGGGAAUACGAAUCUCAAAAUUUGAGUUUGAAGAGCAAAGUAGACUCGAUGAAAAGGGAGAAUGAAGAAUUACGCGAAUUGACGGGAACUUUGAACCAGGAGCUUUCUGGACUUGACGCGGAAAAUGAGAAGUUGUCCGCGCGCUGCUCUUAUGCUGAGGAACAGGCCAGUACAUUGGAGGCAGAAGCCCAGUCUUCGUCGCUGCAUCACAAGAUGGAACAAGAUCAACUUAACACUAAGUGCCAAGAACUGGAGCUUUUGCUGAGUAACUUACACCAGGACUCCAGCACAUUGCGAGAGGAAUUGGAAGACAGCAAACAACAGCUAAAAGCAGGCGAGCAUACAAAAAUCGCACUCGAAGAAAAAUUAAACACCCUAGAGAAACAGCUAGAGGAGAAAGCGGCAGAAAACCGCUCGCUGACAUCUGCGAAAGACGACAUAGUAAAACAUUUGGAAGCGGAGCUUCAUAAGGAACGAGAAGCGGGUGAUAAAAGAACAGUUGAAUUGACGUCCUGUCGGACCGAAUUAGAAAGUAUGAAAGAAGAGGUUGGUCAGAAGGCUGCUCUUCAACAAGAGUGCAAAGAAAAGGUCUUACAGAUUGGAAAGUUGCGCCAUGAAGCCAUCAUACUCAAUGAGCAUUUGACCAAGGCACUUGCAAUGCUCAAAGCGAGCAGCGAUUCAGAAAAUGUUGAUAAAGAACUUAUUUCCAAUUUAUUGAUCUCGUUCGUUUCAAUUCCGCGCGCGGAUCCCAAAAAAUUUGAAGUCUUGGAGCUUAUUUCGAGCUUUUUAAAUUGGGAUGAUGAUAAAAAACAACAAGCUGGCCUAAUCCACAUUCCUAAUGGGUCCAGAUCGGGAGGCAGCGGGUCCAAAACUCAGAACUUCGUGUCCUUAUGGACAGAAUUUUUGGAAAAAGAGAGUGAGAAAUAA